UCAUUGCCUCUGUCCAACGCGGAAACACACCCGAAAGGGAACACGAAUUGAAGCAAAUGGUUCUGGUUGAAAAAAUAAAAACAGCCAAUGCGCCCUUUCCACUUAAGCAAAUAUCUGACAUCGACGAGUACUCGACUGUUCCCGUUUUCAGUCUGCCGUGUCCCGGAUAGCCUCGCACCACGACCGCGCAUGUAUUAGCAUGGCACGGAUGUGCUUCUAGCUACACCCGUUUGUGUUGUUAUGAUAACGAUGGAGAACAUCGACGAGUCGUCUUCGCCCCUCCGUAUCACUGCCACGGUCCGGGCGCUGAGCUCCGCACUGCGGGCCACGCGCGGCAAUGCCCAAGACAUUGGCCGGAGGAGGGACGGCGAUAUGAUGUUCCCCGAGCCUGAGAAGGAGAAACUGUGGUUCAAGGAAAGCAGCACCAAAAACCUCCGAACCAGAGACUUCCUGUCGCCGAAUACCAUGCUCAACACACUCUAUGCGGACGGACAGGUCUCUCCGGCGGUGAUGACCAGGAUUCUGUCUGUCCGAGGCCGUGGCGUACUCCCCGUGGCGGGCGGGGAGGUGAUGGAUGAAGGUCUGAGGGUGAGGGUGGACCGGGCCGCAGCCUUUACGGCCGUCCUGGAAGGGGGAGCCACAGACUACCUGACGCCCGCUGCUCAGAGGCAGGGCUGUGUGGUGCUCAACUGUCCGGCCCUGCAGUCGAAACCCGACCCCCCCACUCCCGAUAGCCUCACUCUGGGCCAACUCAGGACCAUUCUGUUGGCGGACCACAUGGGGGCGCUGUUGAAAAGCCAAGGAUUUACAGUAUCCCUGUGCCCUCUGCUGCCUGAAGAUAGCAGCAUCGUCAAGUUCCUCCGCACUCUGGGCAUCGACUGGCCAACAUUCCCAGCCAACUGGACCAAUGAGGAGCGGGAGGAGAAGAUCCAGGAAGCGCUAGAAAAGUCGGUGUACAGAGAGAGGGAAAUUGAGAGAGGCAGCAGGACAAGCGGCGGGCCAGGCAGGAAGAAGGCAGAGAAGGGCGAAAAUGAUGGCGCUGUGAGGAUAAACCUAAAACGGGUGUUCCAGGACGAGGGGCUGCUAGGAUACGAUCCAAGCCUUGGAACCUGCACAGUCCACAGAGACAGCGUUUCCCAUCUGGCACAACUGGACCUCGCCACAGCUGACUGCACCGUUGCCAUGGUAACGGCCUUGCACGUGACUUCCUGCCAGGAUGAGUUCCGCCAGCAGCAGAUAGCGAUGCUCUGGAGAGCCAGUGGGGCGACACACAUACAGAGGCAUCUGGUGUGUGGGCCUGUCAAGACUCCUGCUUAUCAACUCUCCUCUGCACAGUACCUGCAGCUUAGAAGAGGUCAAAUGAAGGAGGCAUCGGAGAUGAAGUAUGGAGAUCAAGUAGAAGGUCAGACAUGGGAUGACAUCAUCAGGGUUAUGAGCUCUGCUACCAUCAGAUUUGAGCUUCUCUCAACAGUUCACACCAGUCCGGUCACUCUGGAUGUCCAGAGAGAAGGGGGCGUUUCCACCAAAGGGCCGAGAGGCGGCGUGUUUGUGAUGUACAACUGUGCCAGACUGCACACGCUGUUCGACAGCUACGACCGAGGAGUGGAAAAAGGUUUGUACCCAAAAAUCCCUGAUGGCUCGAAACUGGACUUCUCUUCCCUCAAAGAAGAGGGUGAGUGGCUCCUCCUCUUCAAUUACCUCAUUCCCUUUUCUGAGCUGCUGGACCAAUCAGGACAAGUGUUGGACUGUGAAGGGGGAGGGGCUAGAGUCAAUUUCAAAACAGAGCAGAUAUGCAAGUUUCUGGUGUCUCUCAGUAAAGACUUCAGCUCCUACUACAACAGAGUCCACGUCCUGGGGGAGCCGUUGCCUCAUCUCUUCAACCAGAUGUUCUGCCGUCUGUAUCUUUUGAGAGCCUUGCGGGAGCUCUACCACAGUGCUCUGGAAACCCUCAACCUUCCCCCCAUUCGGCAACUAUAACCUCCAUGUUGGGCACAUCACUCAGCCCAGCCUCCCCCUGCCUGCCUGCCACUCACCUGUAACAUUGUAUUCCACCAAGGCACGUUAUUGCAGCCCUGCCCUUUUUUUUUUUUUUUAUAUUACCUUUUUUAAAACACUCAAAAUCUUACCAAGAAUAUCUGUCUUAUUUCUAUCCAUCCAUCCAUUUUCUGAGCCGCUUCUCCUCACUAGGGUCGCGGGCUGCUGGAACCUAUCCCAGCUAUCUUCGGGCGGGAGGUGGGGCACACCCCGAACCGAUCGCCAGCCAAUCGCAGGGCACAUAGAAACAAACAACCAUUCGCACUCACAUUCACACCUAUGGGCAAUUUAGAGUCCUCAGUCAACCUAGUACGCAUGUUUUUGGGAUGUGGGAGGAAACUGGAGUGCCCGGAGAAAACCCACCCAGGCACAGGGAGAACAUGCCAACUCCACACAGGCGGGGCUGGGCAUUGAACCCCGGUCCCCAGAACUGUGAGGCAGAUGUGGUAACCAGUCGGCAACCGUCUUAUUUCUUGUCAAAACUAAUUAGAAUGAGACUCAUCACGUAAAAGGUAACUUCUUUUUAGACAAUUUUCACUUGUUUUAACCUAAUUCUUACUUGAUAUAAGUAGAAAAAAAUCUUACCAGUGGAGUAAUAUUUUUUUCUACUUCAAGUAAAAAUGAUUUUUUAAAAACAAUUUACUUUUUUCGGUGAUAAGUCUUAAGUGUCAUCAGAUCAGUUUUAAGACUUUUGACUACAAAUAAGACAAAUAUUCUUCGUACGAUAUUAGGUUUUUGGAGAGUAAUGAUCACAUAAACAAGAUGCACUUAUGUGCCCUCACUUUAGACUUGCUCCUGAAGCCUGAUGCCAAUACGUUGUGUGCCUCAACAUACCUUAUAGUUGUUUAAAUCUCAUUUUAAAUUCUCAAUCUCAAUUCUUGAGUUCUACCCCCAAAUUGUAUUGUUUUAACCCUUCUCCUUGUGCCAAGUAUAUAAAUAACCAUUUCAUUCUCAACACGACAAAAUCUGCUUUUUUAAUGAGCCGUAUUCCCGAAUUCAUGUGAUUUAUCUACCUUCUAUUUAUGAAUGCCAUAUAAAUAUUUAUUACCACUAUAAAUGAGGUGUGUACAGAAUAGCUACUCAGCAUAUGAUUUCUAUUACUCUGGUCAGGCCAUUGAGAUAAUGCACGAAAUUGUAUGAACAUAUUGUAUAUGAAGAUGUUUGUUGUUUUUCAAAAGGAUUAUUUAUAAAUGUUGGAAGGGGAACAUCGUGAUUUAUUAUUGAUCUGUCAGUAAUACCAAGUGAUUGUGUUGCCAUUUCACUUUGGGUCAAAUGUGCCAUCCCUUGUUUUCAAAACUACACUGCAACCAAAUGUCGCUUCUCACUGCAUGAAACCAAAUGUUGAUUGUCCCUACUUCUUCACUCCAUCUUUUUUAAACAACAUUUUCCCGUUUGCAUGACAGUGGGGGAUUCAGGGAAGGAAAUGACCAAAAUAUGCUGAUUCAUUCACCGAAAUUGUUGUUGGCCUCAACGACUAUGAUCAAAUUAUUAAAACAGGAGAAAUGAGGAAGGAUGUACUGUUUUGUUUUUUAAAUUGUGUCACAAGAGGUUUCUUCCUGUGUUUAGAAAUACUGUGUAAUUUUUUUGUUACUAAAUUGUUAUUAGUUAUUAUAAACAAUUAUAAAAACUAAUAUUUAAUGGAAUGGCAUAUAUAUGUCAUUAAAUAUGUGCAAAACUCACAACUCUUUG